AUGUCGUCGCGUAUCCGGGACGCGAUGCGGCGUUCGACGUCUUCUUCCGUUGCUACUUCAGCUGCUGCAAUGACACGUACCUUUCGGUUGGCUCGUCAAUCCGGCUGUUUAAACUUGUCGUCACGUGACUUCCACACGUUUCCUGACGAGAUUUUCUGCCUAUACGAACUCCUGGACGAAGACGAACAUAGUUGGGAGUGCGCCGUUCUUCGCAAAUUGGACCUGAGCUACAAUGAGAUUGCAGAGCUGCCAAGUCAAGUGGGGACGCUCAAGUAUCUUAUAAGCUUCAAGAUGCGCCACAACCAUCUGCACCAAUUGCCAUUGGCUUUGUGGAGCUUAGAGACGCUUACGAGUCUCGACCUCAGCAACAACAAGUUGGAAGGAUGUUUAUCGGAACAAUUGGGAAAGCUGUACAAGUUACGGGAGUUAGGACUAGAGGGCAACAUGUUGACAAAGUUGCCCGAUUCUAUCGGCGAGCUCGUUCACUUAGAGGUGUUACGGGUGGAGAAUAACCAGUUGAGGACGUUUCCUUCGACAAUUGGUCGUCUUCGUAAUCUAAAAACGUUGUCGGCGCAUUCGAACCAGAUCGCAGACCUGCCGCUGUCCUUUGGUUUACUUACGGGUCUGCUGACGCUGGAUAUGAGCAAGAACCGUUUAGUUACUAUGGGUGACGCUCUUCCUGAGCUUGUGUCGAUCAAGUAUAUUGAUCUGCGUCAGAACAAACUGGAAGUGUUCCCGACGCUGCCAAAGAACAACACGUGCUUGGAUCAGCUUUUUCUUGGUUUUAACAUGCUACGUGAAAUUCCAGAUGACAUCAUUUUGAAUGUGAUGGAGUCGAUCACGGUGCUCGAUGUGCGUGACAACAAGCUGCAGCAUUUGUCAGACAGGAUCCCUCAGUUAUACCGACUCAAGACACUCGAUGUCACCAACAAUGAUCUGCACGAUUUACCUGCAGGAUUAGGCUAUCUUAAACAUCUCGAUCAUCUGCUUGUUGAGGGCAAUCCAUUGCGCUCGAUUCGGCGAGAUAUAAUUUCUUCUGGUACAGAGCCACUCAAGAAAUACCUGCGAACCCGCGGCGGACCUCCUGUAGGAGUUGACGCCAUGGAGGAGGAGAUUGACGAGUUUACCAUCAGACAGCGAAACACGGAGCAAGAUGAGCCCAUGGCUGAUGAACCACCUCAUGAGGAUGAAUAUUUGUUCCGGAACGCUGCCGCAUCAGGCAAUUUGCAUCUGGUAGACAUGAAACUCAAGCGACUGCCCGACCAGCUUCAUUCCGCGGGAAAGUACAAUUUUGGAGAAACUCUGCUUCAGCUCGAUAUUUCCGAAAAUUGGCUGCUGGAGUUACCUGAAGCAAUUGGCGAUCUGAAAUCGCUGCAUUCACUCACUGCAGAGAAAUGUGGAUUGAAAUCGGUACAUCCUUCGAUCGCGAUGAUCCCGAGCCUGGAACAUUUGCGACUGAGCAAAAACUCGUUGACGACAGAUGCUAUAAAUGCUAUGCUCGUCGCGGGAAAUCGUUCCAGCAUAUGCUUAUCUCUGAAGGAGCUGGACCUCCGCAACAAUAAUUUGACGGAUAUCCCGCAGAAGCUUCAGUAUUUGGAAUUGAUGGAUACUCUUGUUCUUUCAUCCAACCGUCUUCGAGUGCUGGAUGGGUUUCCAUGGUCCACAAUGCGCCAGCUUUCUGUGCUAAGCGUUGCUAACAACCGCCUGGAGUCCUGCGGAACAGUUCACCAGGUGCCGAAGUUGACAUCGCUCUCUUUAGAGAACAAUGAGUUGCGACAGAUUCCUGUAGAACUUGCGCUCUGCGAUAACCUUCGUGCCCUCUACCUGGCUGGUAAUCCGCAGCGAGGAAUUCGUGCUUAUAUCUUGAGUCAGGGCACCGAAGCAGUCCUGAAGUUUUUGCGCAAUCGACUUUCUCCACAUGUAUUAGAGCCUGCCACUGGCAAUAAGCCACACAACUCUGUCAAAAAUGCAGCAAGUCCGAGAUGUGUACCCCAGUCUAACCAGAACACCGAUGGAACCAAGUCUCAACACAGAAAUUCUGUCUCGAACACGUUAGAGUCGAAGCAACUUCGUGUGGAUGCAUCUACUUCGCCGUCGGAGCCAUCGACCUCCGAGCUAUCAUCUUCAAAGCCGCCUCCUGCACUAGCACCUGUUGAAGGCACUGUUGCAGCUGCGCCUUCACUUGCCGAGGACGAAGUUCUAGUUGAGCUGAAUGCCAAAAUCCUCAAACUGGAACAACAGUUGGACGACUUUGCCGUAACAGCGGCUAAACGUUUUGCCUUGAAAAAAGACUUAGCCAUGACGCGAUCACUGAAGAUUCGUCAUUUGCGCAAGACCGGUCAGAAGCCCUAG